AUGGUCGCAGGUAAAAGCCGCCGAAUACAGUGUGGGAAUGUUUGUCUGGCUGAGCCAACCAGCUCCUCUUAUCACCGUUGUCGCCUCUCACGUCGCCAGCUAGACGACCGGAGCGGGAGAUUCGUGCCACAUGGACAAUGUACGACGCUAGUGGAUGCAGUUCGUAUCGUCGACGCGAGAAGAGAAGAAAAAAAUAGCAAGUGUGUGACGCGGUCGUUACAAACCAAACUCAACGGCCACGCCGUUGCAACAGUCACUUUUGCUGACAACGACUUGCUCGCUCGAUCAUCAACUCUAUCAGUCAGUUCUGCCAAGUUUGACAGUUUGCCAGGUAACGUCAUGGCGUCAGGAACGGAUCAAACACGUACUGAUGCCGCUUCGUCGGCACAGUCUCCAGAGCCUCUGCAGCUGCCUGCUAUGAAUACCUGGCCAGAUCUCUUCUCUUUUGACCCUGAAUGGGAGCAAGAGGCCGGCCAAAAAGCGCCUCAAAGAAAGCAAAGAAGUCCAAAAAAAAAGCCGGAAGCAGCGCAUGAUGCCCAGUGGAGCUGUGAGGGCUCACAGACCGAACACGGAUCUCCUACCGGUCGGACCAGCGCUCCUUCAUCGCCAGCCCAUGAACUCCCAGCAGGACAGCUGCAGACUGAACACGGAGACUGUGAAGAUUUGCACACAGCGUCGCACUCAGCAGCUAUUGAAGAUGAGUCGGAAGCUGAUAGCGAUUGUUCCGAUGACAGAUCAGAGCUAGGAUUUGGAAGUGACGCCAUCGCCGACGAUCCUGCGUUCGGCUUCAGAGACGACAUGCCUUCCGCCUCGGACCCCGAAUCGGACGAUGACGCCACCUCUGUCUCCAGUUCCAGCUCUGAGGAAAACAGGGCAGGUGAAGACGAUGACCUUGAUGUCUUCCUUGAGGAACUGGAUGGUGAAGACGCAGCUUUGGAACGUGAAACCGCCCCAGGAACUCUAGCAUACACGACAGCUUGUCUUGUGUUUCAUUCCCACAGCAUUUUGCGGUAUGACUCCACUACAUUUCGCGACGGCAACGAGAGCAUGUGA